AUGGCUGCUACUCAAAAACUUUAUCCCCGCGCGACAGUGAAGCGGAUAGUCAAAGCUCAAGCAAACCGCAGCUUGAGCAAAAACGCCGAUAUCUUGAUAUUCCUCGAUUACAUGCUCUUCAUGCAGGAAUUGAUGCGUGAAGCUUCGAUUCGAUCGCGCAAGGCGGGUGAAAAGAAUAUCAGCCCGAAUUCUGUUCGCAAGGUGACUGAGAAAACGUUGCGCAAAUUCAAAGGCUGA